AAAAUAAGAGGAAUUCUCGGGGAAGGGUUCAACAUUCACAUGUAAAUACAAUCAUAAAAACGUGUAUAAGGACAACGUGUGGUACCCUCACUUCGAACUGUUAAAAGAGCAGACCAUGAGAAAUCACGAGAAGCCACCGGAGUACGAUGAAGUGUACCGUUUGGUAUCUACGUUCGGGCGAUACCAGAAGGUGGUCGUUUUCUCGGUCGGUUUCCUCGCAUCUCUGAUAGCUUUCCAGUUCAGUAUUCUGGUCUUUGGAUUCGGGACGCCAAACUUCUCCUGCACUACUCCCGCCAACGUCACGUGCGAGAUCAACAAGUGCUGCGAUAACUGCACUGGGUACGCGUUUGCUGGACCCUUCAAGAGCGUCGUGUCUGAGUGGAACCUGAUAUGUGACCGUUCGUACCUAAGGGCCCUUGUUCAAUCCAUGUUCUUCGCCGGAAUGCUCGUGGGGUCGUUCGUCUCGGGACCCGUGUCCGAUAUCUACGGACGAAAAUGCUGUAGUUUUGUCUUCACAGCCACACUGAUCCUUGGUGCUGCAGUAUCAGUAGUCGUGGACUGCGUCUCAUUUCUCUGUUUCCUGCGGUUCGUAGUCGGUGUUGGUUGCUCUGGGAUUUUCACCGGGACCUUCACCCUUGUGCUGGAAUUCGUUGGUCCCAACAGGCGCACAAUGAUUGGCUGUGUUUACCAGUAUUACUGGGCCUUUGGCUUCAUGUCUUUUGUACUGACCGCGUACUUCAUUAGGGACUGGAGACCGAUGGUAUUGUUAACCUCUCUACCGGCGCUGUCGUUAUUUCUGUUUAUAAAGGUAUUUCCAGAGUCUCCUCGCUGGCUGAUGGCUCAGGGACGAGUAGACGAGGCGCACGCGAUUCUUAUGAAAUUUAAAGAUGAAGACAACAAAUCUGUAGAUAGCGAGCGGCUGAAGGAAUUACUGGUCAGAGUCUGGGAGGGGGAGAGAAAUGCCGAGAACCGUGAGCCAAUCAAGAAGUUCUACUUCCUGGACCUCGUGCGCACGCCGAAAAUCAGGAAACGCAGUCUAAUAAUGGCAUAUACAUGGUUUUCUCAGAGUUUCCUGAGUAAUGCGUUUUUCCUGUACGUGGACAACCUGGUGGGUAACAUAUACCUGAACUUCGCAAUUAUGCAAGGGCUCAACCCAGUAUUGAUCGGCGUACAAUGGAUGCUCGCUAAGAAUGUUGGUCGGCGCGUGACGCAUGCAGGGACAUUUCUCGUCUGCGGAGCCUUGUGUUUACUGAGUCUGUCAGUUCCCGAAGAUCAGCCUCUUGGCCGAACCGGGAUAUUUGUGACAGCUACAGUCGUGUGUUCGGUACUAUGGGUCACGGCUCCGCUGAUGGGGACAGAACUCUUCCCGACUGUACUCAGGGCGACAGCACUGGGAACCGGUUACACAAUAGGUCGCAUUGGAGCCACACUCUCGCCGUAUGUCGGAAUGCUGGCUCAGUUACCUGGAUCCUCUGUAAUCUUACCGCUGACCAUAUUCGGUGUGGUUUCAAUGGUGGCGGGAAUCCUGACGCUGCUAUUACCGGAGACUCUGCGCCAACCUAUGCACCAGACAAUCGAGGAAGAGGAAGCGGCCGAUGAGGAUUAUGGGAUACCAUGCAUGAGACGACCGCUGAGCAGGGAAACUGUCGGCGUGGACAAAGUGAUUGAAAACAAGGACCUAACUACUGCGCUGUGAUGGAUACUCCUCAACAGGCUCAAGAGCAACCUCCCCCCUUACAAUUUAAGACCGUAUUGUUAUAAAGUUGAGUAUUAGACUCCGAAACGAAGCUAUUGUCAUAAAGUUCAAUUAUAGGACUCUCUAGUAAAGCUUAUUGCUCAUAUCCGUAGCAGGCCUCGAAUUAUGGAGCACAGACACGCCCCCACUGGUCAUUUUUAAAAGUAUUGGGGGGGGGGGUACUAUAAAGCAUUCCAAAGAGGCACGAAGGCAUGAAUAUUUAUCCAAUAUGCUCCUCAAAAUAGCUUAUUAUCUUCAGCUAUAAAAGUCAAUGAAUGUUUAAAAAUAAAACAGUCUCAAGUCUACA